AUGGAGAAUAACCACACCUUCCUGUACUUUGCAUAUGGCAGCAACCUGCUGAAGGAGCGGCUCCAGCUUAAGAAUCCGUCUGCAACAGUACACUGUGUGGCCAGGCUAAAGGACUAUAAAUUGGUGUUUGGGAACCAUGAAGGUCUUGCCAGUGACCGGUGGCAUGGAGGUGUGGCCACCAUAGAGCACAGUCCAGGAGACGAGGUGUGGGGUGUGGUGUGGAGGAUGAACAUGUCUGAUCUGGAGUCUCUAGACAGUCAAGAGAAUGUGACAUUAGGUGCAUACAGUCCCAUGGAGCUAUCAGUGAAGACAAAAGGCCAGGAACUUAACUGUCGUACUUACAUAAUGAACAGCUGUGUGUAUGCCCCACCAUCGCCACAGUACCUACAGGUCAUUGUGAUGGGAGCAGAGCAAAAUGGCUUGCCAAAGGACUACCAGGAGAAGCUGAAAGCAAUCAAGACCAACAUGUAUGAGGGCCUUCUACCUAUGAUGGCUGAGUUGGAGCAAGCCAGAAGAGUGAAAAAGAGGGACAACCACCAUUCUAAUGUCUGA